AGCCACACGCCCCUAUCCUUCUCGUCAAAAGUGUGUUACAUAAAAUACAAGGAGCCGAGUAGUGUUGGCGUGGCCCAGCAUUUAACCAACACUGUGUUUAUUGACAGAGCUCUUAUUGUCGUUCCGUGUGCAGAAGAUGACUAGAGUGGCCAAGGCGUUACAGUACUACCCUAGCCUGACUCAAGGCUUUGUUUUCCAAGCCACUAAACCCGCUGGGGCCCACGCUGCCUUCAAGGGGGGAUUGUGACCAGGAGCGUAGCCGCUGAACCUUCCAAGAUGGACACCUUGUCUCUUUUUUUUUUUUUUUUUUUUCCCUUUUCUUUUCCUUUUGUCUCUAUUUUUUGUUUGUUUUAGUUUUUUCUCUGACAUUGUGUCUUGUUUGCCUCUUAGAAGAGGCUGUUGCAUAUUUCAUUGUGUUGUUUCUUUUUUUUUGUUUUGUUUUGGUUUGUUUGUUUGUUUGUUUGUUUGUUUGUUUUUUCUCCUGUCCCCCAAGUCCCCACCAUUCCUCCUCUUCCCUAUGCAGUUGUCCACUUUUGCGUGUCUCUCAAAGCUGUCCAGGUUGGCAUCCAGUAAUGGAGGGGGAAUUGAACGUGAUGCAGCCAACAUGAACGGUUGUCUUGUGUUGCACACCCUUUCCAACACUGCGACACGAUUGCCCCAAGGAGAAAAGCGCCCAUGCUUGAAUAUCGUAUGGUUCAUGCCCAUUAUGUGUCCAGUACAGGAAAGAUCCCAGAGGAAGCCAAAGCUCUGUCCCUUCUGGCACCUGCAGCCCCAGUGCCCAGUUUGAUGCCCGGCGGAGGACUGCUGCCCAUCCCGAGCCCUGCCCCGCUGCAGAAUCUGAGUUUGCCGCUGGCAGCCCGGGGACCACUGCAGCUUGGUAUCGACUCAUCGCUGAGCUCCGUCUCCUCUCAACCCCCCAUCAUGGGCAACGUGGACCCUUCCAAAAUCGACGAGAUCCGCCGGACGGUGUAUGUCGGAAAUCUCAAUUCUCAGACCACAACAGCAGAGCAGCUGCUGGAGUUCUUCAAGCAGGUCGGCGAGGUGAAGUUUGUGCGCAUGGCGGGAGACGAGACUCAGCCGACCCGAUUUGCCUUCGUGGAGUUCGCCACCCAGGACUGCGUGGCCCGAGCGCUCGCCCUGAACGGAGUCAUGUUCGGAGACAGACCUUUAAAGAUCAACCAUUCCAACAAUGCCAUUGUCAAGCCUCCAGAGCUGACUCCUCAAGCUGCUGCUAAAGAACUGGAGGAUGUGAUGAAGCGUGUGAGAGAGGCUCAGUCCAGCAUAGCAGCAGCCAUCGACCCAGCCGACCUCAAAAAGCGCUCACCCAGCAGAUCCCGGAAAUCAAGAAGGUCCCAUUCCAGAUCUCGCUCUCAUUCACGUUCUCGCUCACAACGGAAACGCUCCCGAUCCAGGCACAGGGGCCGGCCAUCACAGAAGUCAUGGCGGAGGACGAGUGACUCGCACAAGAGACGCUCGAAAGACAGGAGAUAUAGUCGCUCACACUCCAGAGAAAGACGGAAAGACAGGGACGGGAAGAUGAGAAGGGGGGAUGAUGCUGACGACAGGAGAAGGGACAAAAAGGGAAGAAUGCCUGUUAAAGGCCACAGACCAUCCUCAAGAUCCCCCAGCAACAGCAGGGGUCACAGAAAGGGGAGCAAAUCACGCUCCAGGUCUGUAAGGAAGAAAGCAAGGUCUCCAUCACCAAAGAGAGGAAAGAAAGACAGGAGGAGAGAACACAGGCAGGGCAGCAGUAGAGAGUGGAGAGAGAGAUCAACAUCCAGGAGGAGCAGAGACUCGGACAGGCAAGCCAAGUCCAAACAGGCGGACAGCGGGUACAAGCAGAAGGAGCAGGACUAUGAGAGCGAUGGCGAGGACAUGGGCUCAGGUGCCAGCGAAGACUUUUCUCCUCACGCCCAUCACAACGGCGAGUACAGCAGAAUGCACGCAGAUGAAGGCGAGGAGUUCUCCACAGCCGAGUGAACUGGAUUCAAACCCCCCCCCCCCAUCCCCAGCGACUGGACUAUGGAGAGCUGAUGCUUCACCGGGGUUCACAUACUUGAAAUGUUCCUGUUCCUCUUUGUACAGAGUUUUCUCUCUUUUUCACUCUGUCAUGUUAGAUUCUUAGAAGUGUGCUAAUUAUAUGAGAGCUCUGUUGAGAUAUAGCGUAUGCUCGGUGUAUGUAAUGAUCAGCCGUUACAUUAAAACCACCUGCAUUAUAUCGUGACACCGAAACCAUGUCCAGUCCUAAUCCAUAACGCAGUCUUCUUAAUACCUGUGAAUGCUGUGCUAUCUGGAGCACCCUGCAAGAUGUUCAGGAGAUGCUCUGACCCGAACGUCCAGCCGUCAUGAAUGUCAGAUCCUUGCCCAUUUUUCCUGCUACCCACACAUCAACUUCGAGUACUGACUGUUCAAUCGCUGCGUAAAUCCUUCCUCCACUGCCAGCUUCCAUAAAUCAUUAUUAUUCAGUCAGUGGGUUUUAAUGUUACGGCUAAUUCAGGACUUCUGUUUCCUUUCUUCGGGUUUAUCAUUUUUAGAUAUAAAGCACCUCAUGGACCUGCCUCUUUUACUCCGAACUCUAGCUCAUCUUCACUUUUUAACUAGAAUCCAGGGGAUUUCUUUUCUUUUUCUUUUUUUUUCCAGUCCUAUUUAUGUAGUUAUGCAAAUACCCUCAGUUAUUAAGAAUAUAUAACCUUAGUAAUUACACCUUCAACGAAAUACACAGUUGGAAGAGGAUUGAAACACCCAGUAUGUAAAAAGUGCCUGGAAAAAAAAAAACAAAAAACAAACUUGCACAUAUUGUGUAGAAUUAUAAAAUAUAA